GUGGUGGGUAGCUUCCUGCGGCGUUUUCAUCCUCGCUCUCUUUUUGCUUCCUGACUGCCGCCAUCAUGGGUCGCAUGCAUGCUCCAGGGAAGGGCCUGUCCCAGUCGGCUCUGCCCUAUCGCCGCAGCGUCCCCACCUGGCUGAAGUUGACGUCUGACGACGUAAAGGAGCAAAUUUAUAAACUGGCCAAAAAGGGCCUGACUCCCUCACAAAUCGGUGUGAUCCUGAGGGACUCACAUGGUGUUGCACAAGUACGCUUUGUGACAGGGAAUAAAAUCUUGAGAAUCCUUAAGUCCAAAGGACUUGCUCCUGAUCUUCCUGAGGAUCUCUACCACUUAAUUAAAAAAGCAGUUGCUGUUCGAAAGCAUCUUGAGAGGAACAGAAAGGAUAAGGAUGCUAAAUUCCGUCUAAUUCUAAUUGAGAGUCGAAUUCACCGAUUGGCUAGAUAUUAUAAGACCAAGCGAGUCCUCCCCCCAAAUUGGAAAUAUGAGUCAUCCACAGCUUCUGCAUUGGUUGCAUAAAUUUGUUUAUGUACUCAAGUAAUAAAAUCGUUUAGCUAAAAGUA